AUGGAUAGCCAUCCAGUGACCGAAAGUGGUGCCUCCACGCAAGCAAGGGGGAGGGUGUGGAGUGCCAAUGAAGUUUUGGCCUUAUUGGAAAUAUGGAAAGAACAAAAAUUGCAAAACAAAUUAAAAAAGAAUUAUAGAAAUUUGGAUAUUUUUAAGGUUGUAUCUGAUGAAAUGGCAAAGAGAAACCAUGUCAGAUCUGCCGAGGAAUGCAGAAGCAAAUCCAAAAAAAUGAGAUUUGAGUAUAGAAAGGUUGUGAAACAUAAUCAGAGAAGUGGAAGCAACCCUAUUACAUGUCCCUUUUAUAGGGAACUAGAGGAAAUCUUUCAUGGGGAUGUUAGCAUCACCCCUCAUAGGUUAUCCCGAAGUCUUCAUUUUGAAAGGGAGGGUGAAACCACAAAUGUGACUGAGGAAACCGCAUCCACCUCCAUGGCUAACACAGGCGAUGGAGGCACCCAGGAAACAACUACCAGAGAAGACAGUGAUGAAGAUUCUGAUGACACUUGUCUCGAUGACACAAUCAUAAGUAUACCUUUCACCAUUUUGGAAAGUGGACCUACGCAAAUAGCAGGUGCGACUGGAGAACAAUUGGGAGACUUGCAAAGACGUGCAGAUGAUACAAGCGGUGGAACUGAUGCACGUAACGAUCCCGAUGAGGAACAGGAACAACCCAAUGUAUUGCUGUCUCCUGGAACAAGACUCCGAUCAAACAGGAAUAGGAAUCGUCGCGCCAGAAGAGGAGAACAUAUUGCGCGCACUAUAAUGCAGAGUGCUAGUCGAGAGGCCCAACUUACCCGGAGAACACAGGAACGGUUCAUGGAGAUUGUACACGACAGCAUGAAAGACUGUAGGAGGACAGAAAUGGAACUUGUAAAUAUUAUGAAGGAAGAUGUAAGGAGAAGUGCACAGGACAGACAGAGAAUGUUGCAGUACAUGGAGACCAUGACUGAACUGUACCGGAGGAAAGUUGAUCAUGAAUGUUCACUUCCAACGGGGCAACAUGUUACUAUCGCCCAAGGAACCAUGCACACAUCAUUCAGGGCAUCUCCGGGUGAUAUUCCUCCCUCAACACCAGGCCCAGCUGUCUGUACAGAUUUCCAGGAGCAACCAUCCCCAUCGUAUGUUGGUGGGCAAUGUCAAGGGAACAAUUCCCCUGAACUCUUUGAUGAACUUCCUCCUGCUUAUGCUCCUGAUGGUUGUCCUGUCACUCCCACUAGUAACAUUAUUGAUGAUGACAACACAUUAGAGAACAUCAACAGGGAUGUUCAGAAUGCUGUGGAAGUCACUGAUCCCCUUCAGAAUGAAGGCUGCAUUGGAACCGUGCAAUGUGAGAGCAAUGCUGGAACAUCUUCCUUGCAAUGCGCUGUUGCACCUCAACAAAAACAAAAUAAACCAUGCAGUUCUCGUACUGGGAGGAUAAUCAAGAAAAAAAAAAUAUUUUCCCCAUAAGGAAAAACAUUUAUAGGGAAAAGGUUAUGUUUUGAAACCGCAGAUAUGUUUCAGCAUUCAAUGUUUACCCUGUUAUGUGCCCGAUAAGGAGGGACUGUAACCAUUUCUCCUUGAACCAAAUUAAAGUUUAGUUUUCAUGUUAAGGAAAACGUUUGUAUGUCACCAUGUGCAUAUGGAUAUGUUCUGACAUAAUGUAUAUACAGUUUAUAUAAAAGCCUGCUUUGUUUACAUAAUGGAAAACAAGUCAACAGACAGUUUUUUUUGUAAAGAAAAAAGAUAUUUAAUCGUGUUUAAAAAUGUUAAGUUAUAUUGUUGACAAAAUACAGCUGUGUUCUCUGAAA